AAUUGAAAUUGAAAUUGAAAUUGUUUAUAUAUAUUUAAUCUUUAAUUAGAAUUAAUAUAAUUACAGUAUGUCUUCUCCUCAACAAAUUGCACAAACCUUUCUGCAAGCUUUGAAUCUUUCAGGCUCUCCAAGUCAUGCUGUUUCAACUUCUCCAACUCAAUCAUAUUUAGCUCAAUAUAUGCAAAAUAAUAAGAAACCAACUAAAGCUUUAAAACCUUUCUCAACUGGUGAUAUUAAAAUCUUAUUAUUAGAAAAUGUUAAUCAAACUGCUAUUGAUAUAUUUUCAAAUCAAGGUUAUCAAGUUGAAUUUUAUAAAUCUUCACUUCCUGAAGAUGAAUUGAUUGAAAAGAUUAAAGAUGUUCAUGCUAUUGGUAUUAGAUCAAAAACUAAAUUAACUGCUAAUGUUUUAAAACAUGCUAGAAAUUUAGUAGUUAUUGGAUGUUUUUGUAUUGGUACUAAUCAAGUAGAUUUAGAAGCUGCAGCUAAAUCAGGUAUUGCUGUAUUUAAUUCUCCAUUUUCAAAUUCUAGAUCAGUAGCUGAAUUAGUUAUUGCUGAAAUUAUUACUUUAGCAAGACAAUUAGGUGAUAGAUCAAUUGAAUUACAUACUGGUACUUGGAAUAAAGUUAGUUCUAAAUGUUGGGAAAUUAGAGGUAAAACUUUAGGUAUUAUUGGUUAUGGACAUAUUGGAGCUCAAUUAUCUGUUUUAGCAGAAGCUAUGGGUAUGAAUGUUAUCUAUUAUGAUAUUAUUAUGAUUAUGUCAUUAGGUAAUUCUAAACAAGUUUCAACUUUAGAUGAUUUAUUAUCUCAAGCAGAUUUUGUUAGUUGUCAUGUUCCAGCUACUCCAGAAACUAAAAAUUUAUUAAGUGCUCCACAAUUUGCUGCUAUGAAAGAUGGAUCUUAUGUUAUAAAUGCUUCUAGAGGUACUGUGGUUGAUAUUCCUGCUUUAAUUCAAGCUAUGAAAGCUGGUAAAAUUGCCGGAGCUGCUAUUGAUGUUUAUCCUCAUGAACCAGCCAAGAAUGGUGAAAAUUUAUUCUCUAAUGAAUUAAAUAGUUGGGCUUCAGAAUUAUGUUCAUUAAGAAAUGUCAUUUUAUCACCUCAUAUUGGUGGAUCAACCGAAGAAGCUCAAUCUGCUAUUGGAGUUGAAGUUGGUUCAGCUUUAACUAAAUAUAUUAAUGAAGGUAGUUCAACAGGUGCGGUUAAUUUCCCAGAAGUUGCAUUAAGAGCAUUAGAUUUAGAUCAACAAAAUACUGUCAGAGUUUUAUAUAUCCAUCAAAAUGUUCCUGGUGUGUUAAAGACUGUUAACAAUAUUUUAUCUAAUCAUAAUAUUGAAAAACAAUUUACUGAUUCAAGAGGUGAUGUUGCUUACUUAAUGGCAGAUAUCUCUGAUGUUGAUAUUAUUGAUAUUAAAUCAUUAUAUGAACAAUUAGAACAAACACCUUAUAAGAUUGCUACUCGUUUAUUAUAUUAAAAGUAACAUCAAUUUCAAUUCCUCAGAAACAUUCAACCUUUUGCCAUGCCAUGUAUAAACUGUUUAAUUCUAUUUACUAUUUACUAAUAACUAUUUAUCGAUAUUCUAUAUAUACACUUUAAUACACUACUAUGAUAUUAUAUAUAUAUGUAUACUGUGUUUAUCAGUCGUGCUUAAACCGGGUAAUGUCCUUUGAGUGCAUUUUCCUGCACACAGCCCAAGGUGGCAAUCGCUCACUAUUUGAAAUAUCACGACUCGAGAUACUCCACCAACUACUUAAGAUUAAUAUUGUAUUGAAUAA